AUUUGAUGCUCCGGCUCUUUGGGGACAUUUGCGGUCAACGGGUCAACCAAUGGCCGAACCAAACCGCUAAACCCUAGCGCAUCUCUUUUCUUCCUCGCCUCAUCUCUCGGCGAUCUGAUCUCCGCCGCUUGGGAUGGUCACUUGCCGUGCUCCAGAGGUCGAUCUUGCGCCUGGACUUUCGUAGGCAAUUCUUCACGUAGCGGGCGCGCUCUGGGUCGAUGGAUUCCAGCGACAGCGUUGACGGGAGCCCGGACGAGCCAAAGACUCCCAACAGGGGUAGAUCGAAGAAGACUAAGAAGGAAACCGAAAGCCUAUUGAAGCAGAAAUCGCCCGCUGAGUUUUUCGCUGAGAACAAGAACAUAGCUGGAUUUGACAAUCCUGGGAAAUCAUUAUACACUACUGUCCGAGAACUUGUGGAAAAUGCUCUUGACUCUGCUGAGUCAAUUUCUCAGCUUCCAGAUAUCGAGUUAGUAAUAGAAGAGAUCACUAAGAGCAAAUUCAAUACAAUGAUUGGUCUUGUUAAUCGGGAGCGUGUGGAUGAAGAGCUUUAUGAUGAUUUUGAGUCUGCUAAAGCUCGUGAGAAACGUCUUGCUAAAGAAGCCCGUAUGCAAGAAGUUCAAGCUAAGAACCUUACCAUUAAGAAGAAGCUGAAAGAACUUCCAGUUACCAAGAGUGGAAAGGGUCGAGGAGAAUCAUCAUUCUUCAAAGUAACCUGUAAGGAUAAUGGGAGAGGAAUGCCACAUGAUGAGAUACCAAACAUGUUUGGAAGAGUUCUUUCUGGUACAAAGUAUGGUUUGAAACAAACUCGUGGGAAAUUUGGACUUGGUGCAAAAAUGGCUCUGAUUUGGUCCAAGAUGAGCACAGGACUUCCUAUUGAGAUUGUCUCAGCUGCAAGAGAACAAAAUUAUGCAUCCUUUUGUCGACUAGACAUUGAUAUUCAUCGAAACAUUCCUCAUGUCCAUUUACAUGAAAAAAGGGAAAAUAAAGAUAAGUGGCAUGGCGCUGAAAUUCAAAUUAUCAUCGAGGGAAACUGGACUACUUAUCGUUCAAAAAUAAUUCACUACAUGCGACAAAUGGCAGUGAUCACACCUUAUGCUCAGUUUCUUUUUAAAUUUAUCACGGACUUGUCUGAUAAAAAUGUGACAAUAAGAUUUGCACGAAGAACAGAUGUAAUGCCUCCAGCUCCUAUUGAGACAAAGCACCAUCCCUCUGCUGUUGAUAUACUACUCAUCAAACGCCUUAUUGCAGAAACCUCAAAGAAAACUCUUCAGCAAUUUCUUCAACAUGAAUUCAUCAAUAUAUCCAAGUCAUACGCUGAACGUUUAAUUGGGGAAAUGGGCCCUGAUUUUAGUCCAAAGAUGACUGCGAAAAGUCUGACAUCCCAACAGAUUGUUCGGAUACAUCAAUUAUUUCGACAGGCCAAAUUUGAUGAUCCAAGUGGAGAUUGUCUUAGUCCAGCAGGUGAAUACAAUCUUCGUCUUGGAAUCAUCAAGGAGCUGCAGCCAGACAUGGUUGCCACAUAUUCAAGCAGUCCCCAAGUUUUUGAAGGACAUCCAUUCAUUGUUGAAGCUGGAAUUAGCCUUGGUGGAAAAGACGUUAAACAAGGUCUCAAUAUAUUCCGGUUUGCAAAUCGUAUCCCACUUCUUUUUGAGCAAGGAGCAGAUGUUGUCACGAGAACUGCAAUGAAAAAGAUCAAUUGGAGUACUUACAAAAUUAACCAGAUGCAAGAUAAAAUCGGUGUCUUUGUAAGCAUUGUCAGCACAAAAAUACCAUUCAAAGGAACCGGAAAGGAAUAUAUUGGAGAUGAUAUUACUGAAAUCUCUUCAGCUGUCCAGUCUGCUAUAAAACAAUGUUGCCUUCAACUGAGAUCUAAAAUAGUGAAGAAACUUCAAGCCCGGGAACGACAGGAGAGGAAGCGCAACCUAACCAGGUACAUUCCUGAUGCUUCAAGAGCCAUAAUGGAGGUUCUCGACGAAAUGGCCCAGGAUUACGACCCAAAGAGGCACCGUUAUGACAAGGAAGAUGAUGAACUUGUGAGUAAAGUUGCAUCCCACCAGAUAACCGAAGCUACUUUUCGAGAAAACCUCUCGCAAUAUGUUGAACAGGUGGAUUACGAGAUGGCCCUGGAAUACGCGACACAAACUGGAGUCAUCGAGGAGCCACGCGAAGACAUUUAUUUAAGCUCACUCGAAGGUUUGUUCAACUACGUUGACCUUCAUAGCCCCGUCUUCAUUUUUAGAUUAGCGACUUAGCUCAUUGCUUCAUUGAUAUGUAUCUUGAGAAAUAAACAUUCCUCCUCCGUUGUGCAUUGCUUGGAUCCGAUCGGAUCAUGUUGUACGAGACGGAUGACAACGUUUUCUUAUUUAAUUAUCUAAAGUUGUGGUUUCAGCAAA